UUCUGAAAGAGUAAGUUUUUGGUAGUAUGGCCUGUGAAUGUUGUUUGUUGGUUGUGCUUCUCUCUUAAGAUUUUAAUACACCAUUUAAUUACUACUCUACUCUUUAGGUCUCCUUCCUUUCAUCUUGAACAUGGGAAUGUCAAAGCACAUCCAAUUUCAAAGUCCUGUACUUGCAGAAGCUCAUCUUCUUGCCAAACCAAUUUCAGGGAGAUUCCAUAACCUCUCUACAUUGCUUCUCUCUCACUUUUCAGGACCACUUUUUUAAUCUCACAGCUUCCCCCAUUUGGUGUUGCUUCAAGUCACCACUUAUUCUAGUUUAUUCACUGCGCCAUCUCCUUCCAUUUUCUUUCAUCUUCAUCAUUCAAUCAUUCAGGAGAUUAAUUCAGAUUAUUCAAGAUCGCAUUUUCAGGAAUGGGUUUGUCUCAGAAAAUGCAGUUCUUCAUGGGUAUCUUCACAACUGCAAUUGUUUUGGCUGCUCAAGUAUCCACAGGAUCGGAUUCAUCCCCAUCUCCGGCAAUAGUUGGAACCAUGGUAAAUGCACCUACUCCUUCUGCAUCUCAACUAAAUGAACCGAGUAGUCAACCUCCUGUGCCUAUUCGUGGAGCAGCACCAGCCUUAUCGCCGAUUAAUCAUCAAGAAAAAGAACCAAUUACUAUGAAUCCUACCUAUCCUCCAGCAACAGUUGCAUUGCCUUCACACCUUUCCCCGCAACUUCCACCAAACAUCCAACCCUAUAUUAUGCCAGGACCACGAAUAAGUAUGGCAGGCUUCUAUGGCCAACCUCUCAGCAUUUUCUUCUUUCUCUUUUCCUUUAUUCAUUUAUAA